CACAUACUCAUCUUUAUAUAUAACCUACCAUCUUUAAACGAAUCUUUAUCGAACCAUUUAGUAUUCAAGAUUUAUAUUCAAAUCAAGAAAAUGAGUCUUUCUAAGAACCAGAAAUCUCCAUUGUCAAGAUUGUACAAGAAAUAUUCCAAGAGGAAGUCAGAAUCUUCAAGAACGCUUGAAGAUGAAGCAAGAACCAGCAGCAGUAGCGGAAGCAGCUCGUUAAACGUGGACGAGCUGAGAACCGUGUUUGACUAUAUGGAUUCAAACUCUGACGGUAAAAUCUCCGGGGAGGAGCUACAGAGCUGCGUUAGUCUCUUAGGCGGCUCGUUGUCUUCACGUGAGGCAGAGGAGGUGGUUAAGAUUUCUGACGUUGACGGAGACGGGUUUAUUGACUUUGGUGAGUUUUUGAAGCUUAUGGAAGGUGAUGAUGGUAGUGAUGAAGAGAGGAGGAAGGAGCUGAGAGAGGCGUUUGGGAUGUAUGUGAUGGAAGGGGAAGAGUUUAUCACGGCUGCGAGUUUACGGAGGACGUUGAGUCGGCUCGGCGAGUCGUGUACCGUUGAUGCUUGUAAGGGUAUGAUUCGUGGGUUUGAUCAGAAUGAUGAUGGAGUUCUCAGUUUCGACGAGUUUGUUCUGAUGAUGCGUUAUGAUUGAUACAUAUAUGGGGAUUUGGCCUUUUUGUUUUCUUUUAUCUAGAGAAAUUGCUUACUUCAAAUUCUUUUCAUUUAAUUAUUAUUAUCCUUUUGAGUUCUUAUUCCUUUGUUUACAGAAAUUCCUUUAAAUACCACUAAAUUUUUUU